AGGAGAUUUUCUCGUAGACAAGAAAAGGGUGAUGGAUAAACGUGCGGGCACUAAGACCUCAAGGCAUUCCUUUCCUCCUACGGUUGAUGCAGAAGCAGAGAGAGGAGAACCCCAGACAUAGGAGAAGGAGACUAGGAAGAGCAGGAAAAAGCAAUGCUAAAUCCAGGAUACAGCUGAGAGAGACACAGAAGCUGCACAGGGAGGGGGAGAAACAGGGGGGUGGGUGGGGGAAGGAUCGCAGAGAGUACUAUAAGGGGGGGGACGCUUUUGCAGAUAAUUUACAUAUUUUUAUAUAGAAUACGUAGAAAUUCAGAGAAGCAGUUCCAAUGAACAUGUCAGUGUUGACUUUGCAAGAAUAUGAAUUUGAAAAGCAAUUCAACGAGAAUGAAGCCAUCCAGUGGAUGCAAGAGAACUGGAAAAAAUCAUUCUUAUUUUCAGCUCUGUAUGCUGCCUUUAUAUUUGGUGGUCGGCACCUAAUGAACAAACGAGCAAAGUUUGAGCUGAGGAAGCCACUUGUGCUGUGGUCCCUGAGCCUUGCAGUCUUCAGUAUAUUCGGUGCUCUUCGAACUGGUGCUUAUAUGGUGUACAUUUUGAUGACCAAAGGCCUGAAGCAAUCAGUUUGUGAUCAGAGUUUUUACAAUGGACCUGUCAGCAAAUUUUGGGCUUAUGCAUUUGUAUUAAGCAAAGCACCUGAACUUGGAGAUACAAUAUUCAUUAUUCUUAGAAAACAGAAACUCAUCUUCCUGCAUUGGUAUCACCAUAUCACUGUGCUGCUGUAUUCUUGGUACUCUUAUAAGGACAUGGUUGCUGGAGGUGGUUGGUUUAUGACCAUGAACUAUGGAGUACAUGCAGUGAUGUACUCUUAUUAUGCCUUGCGGGCGGCAGGCUUUCGGGUCUCACGGAAGUUUGCCAUGCUCAUCACCUUGUCUCAGAUCAUACAGAUGCUGAUGGGUUGUAUAAUUAACUAUCUGGUCUUCUUCUGGAUGCAGCAAGAUCAGUGCCACUCCCAUGUUCAGAACAUCAUCUGGUCCUCACUUAUGUACCUCAGCUACUUUGUGCUCUUCUGUCAUUUUUUCUUCGAGGCCUACAUCGGCAAAAUGAGGAAAACAAGGAAGGCUGAAUAGUGUUGGAACUGAGAAGGAAGCCAUAGCUCAGGGUCAUCAAGAAAAAAAAAAAAAAAGACAAAAGAAAAU